GAAACAUCGCAAUGGAUAGCAUCAACUUUGCCUCUGCUUUCAAUAAUCUUGAUCUUAAUAUUUUAUCUUCAACUAAGGAAGAAAUACACGUAGACGCUAAACAAGAUCUGGGAUUGCAUCAAAAAAAUGGCAAAGAAGAGCAAAAGCGGAAAGAAAGUUUACAAGCAGAGGAAAAACAACAAAAUCAAUUGUCAACCGAUGAUUAUGAAAGCGAAUGGAACCAGAAUCACCAUAAUCUCCUUAUGGGAUGCUCUCUGUUACCUUUACACGAACAACUUUCCCCUCCCAAAGAAAAAGAAAAAAAAAUACCAACUUUUCGUUCAUCCCAAAGAAAAAUCUCAAGAAGAGAAAGAAAUUCACAUAUCAAAAUCAGCUUGCAGCGGGAAACAAAGGGAUUGGUUGAUUGCAUUCCGACAAGAGAACGACCAAUACCUUCUUCCUCGAGACCAGGAUGGGAAUGUGAUUCCAACUCUAGAACAUUGGGGGUUCGGGAAUUGCGUGGAAAUGAAUGCUUGGACUUUUUUAUGCCAGUGGAGAACAGAUCUCCCUAUCAAGUCUCGAACAGUGUCAUUAAUAACGGGGGAAUAGGAAAUAAUGAAGCCAUGCCAAAAUUGCCAAGCUUGUCAGACUUGGUUGACGCACUAAAGAAUGAUAAAGACAAUUUCUGUGAAUUCCAUGAACCUACAGAUAAAUGGAUAGUUGAUCAGGAACAUAAGAAAUACUUCAGUGAUACAUAUGGCAUCACCAAUAUUCACCCACUGUUUGUAGGUUGUUAUGGAAUGGUUGUUUUGUUUUUAGAUGAUCGUGGUAUCGUAUUUACAUGGUGCGAAAUGACACAUGACAUGUGUGUCUUGGGAUUUAAUAUAAUGGAGGGUCUUGCGAAUUAUGUAUGCCAUCAAAGAAAGAGAUGUUUCAUCAUGGAAGACACUGGUGAAUUGAUCACUAAAGCAGAAUGCGAACGUCGUACAAUGGAAGAGCCACUAAUAUUAUUGGUAUAG